UCAUAUUUGAAACAUAAACAGUCUCUGGAUACAUUUGAAUGGAGCUAGAAGAUGUACUUUUGUGGUCGUCAUGGAGACGUGUGAAAUCUACAGGACUAGAGUUUGACUAGGCUCCUUCCACCUGCAGGCUUCACCCGGCGAACUACAGACGUCUUUUCAGAGCGACGUAGAGAAAACCUAUUCACCACAAGGAGUUUGAAGAACAGGGAGAGAACGUAUCCAUCAGAAAAAAACUUCUGAGGUCUCAAGUCAAGUGGACACGAUGCAGCCGGGUCACCUGGACGGUUACCCAGGCGCUAACGGCCAGGGACCCAUCCCCGCCCGUCCUCCUCCUCCUCCUCCUGUCUCUGCUUGGCCUAAAGUGAAUGUCCAGACUAAGAGUGUUCACAUUCAGGUCAGAGAAUAUGGUUGUUGUCAGCGAGGCGAUCAUGGCCUGAUACAGUGCCUGCCGUAUAACGGGUUCGUGAAGGACGUCCUGUGGUCGAUACCCGCAGCGGCAGGCGCCAGUCAGCCUGUUGCUCCACACACAUAUAACAGUGUACCUCUGGUGAGGCUCCCUGUGGACGCGGACCAAAACCUGCACUGCACUAGAGUGCUGAUUGGAAAGUCGCUGCACGCUGUCCCUCCUCCUCGUGUCCCUUCUCCUCCUCGUCUCCUUGGUCCUCCUUGUCUCCCUGCUCCUCCUUGUGUCCCUUCUCCUCCUCGUCUCCUUGGUCCUCCUUGUCUCCCUGCUCCUCCUUGUCUCCCUGCUCCUCCUCGUGUCCCUUCUCCUCCUCGUCUCCCUGCUCCUCCUCAUGACGCCGCUCCUCCUCAGCUGAGCAGCUCCAACCCAGGCCGGCAGGAGGACGACCAUCCAUAUGUAAAAAGGCCACCAAACUCCUUCAUGAUAUUCAUGAGAGAGCAGAGGCCUCAUGUGGAGGAGAAAAUCAGGAGGAUGGGAAAUGGGAUUGUGAAUACAGUCCUGGGACAGAGAUGGAAUUCACUAUCAGAGGAGGAGCAGGUCAUAUACAAACAACAGGCCCAAUUAGAGAAACAGCUCCACGCCCAGAGACACCCAGGCUGGUCAGUCAGUGAAAACUAUGGCAAGAAGAGGAAGAGGGACCAAAGACGGCUCCCCAAAGAUUUCUGCAGAAAAGGCAGCAUCUAUGAAGCAGCACGCAUCACAAGUGGCAUCCAUCUCUCAGGCAGCUGUGGAGCCGUGUCCCAUGAAGUCAGUCAUGGUGCUGACAGAUGUGACAAAGUGCCAUGUUGGCACACAGACAGACUUGAGUGACUUGCCUGCGUGUGGCGUGUGUCAUUGUCUACAGGUGUAGGAUGUAUACAGUCACGUAAAUACAACGCAUUGUAAAUAAACAGCAGCAUAUUGACAUAAUGAA